CGGACUCAUCAACCGGAAAUGCCUUUGUUGUUCCACGGAACUCUUUACCAUAGACGCAAAGGAAAGAACCAGAACAACAUCUGUGCUGUUUUUUAUUUUAAUCAACCAUGGCUGUGAAAUUGAAUGCCCUAAAUAGUGAUUCUUACAUCGACUUCAGUAACUACAGAGACCAACAUUUCAAGGGUAUGUGCCAUGAACAGGAGAAGCUCCUGGAAUUGAGUCAUACUUUGUAUGUGGGGAACCUUUCCUUCUACACCACAGAGGAGCAGGUACAUGAGCUUUUUUCUAAAAGUGGAGACGUGAAGCGCAUCAUCAUCGGUCUGGAUAAAGUAAAGAAGACGGCUUGCGGCUUCUGCUUUGUCGAAUACUACACAAGGGCAGAUGCAGAACAUGCUAUGCGCUUCAUCAAUGGCACACGACUCGAUGACCGUAUGAUCAGGACAGACUGGGACAUCGGCUUUAAGGAAGGACGACAGUAUGGUCGUGGCAAGUCUGGAGGACAGGUGAGAGAUGAAUACAGGCAGGACUACGACCCAGCCAGAGGUGGCUAUGGAAAGUUGGCUCAGCAGCACCGAGUCUAAUCCAUAAUAGCUUGUAAAUAAGAAGUCUGUUUUCGUGAUGACACAAUUCUUCGGCCAUGGACAAGUUAGUUUUUGUGCGUGCCUCCCCCCCCCAAAAAACCACUGCCAUGUAAGUCACCACACAUUGGAUACUAUUUUGAAAGAAACAAUAGCAAGUAAGCACUGACUUGACACUCGACAAGGAGAAUUUUUGCUUUGAUGGACGGACUCCCCUUUGAACAUACACUGUCCUUGUGACAGGUUAUCAAUCACGUGUUCAUUAUUACAACAUGAAGCUGUGGCUUAAGUGAGACAAGGUGUCUUGUCUAACAUGAGCUUUGAAUGAUUGUUUGCAGAGGGAACAGAAAGGAAAUUUGAUUCUUCUUUUUUUUUUUUUAACCCAAUAUACAUGACUCAAACAUGUCUUGAAAUUGUGUCCACAUUUUAAAUAAAGUUAUGUCUUUCUA